CGCUUUGUUACUGUGGAAACCACUGCGACUGAUGCGAGUAGUAAACCAGAUGGGCACUCAGUUAGCUAGCGGGGGUUAGCCGGGACUCGCUAACUUCAAAUCCAGAGGGUUUCACCUGCGACCUUCCACAACGCGGAUGUGGCUCCGCUUCACUUCAAAGGAAGUGCGACCCCAGCAGGUUGCCGUGUGACUCAGUGGCUUGGAACCUGAUUUGCCCUGAAGUACACUUGGAUGCACGUGCACCGACUUCUCCUGACCCACAGACUUCUGCUGACCCAUGCACUAAUCUUACACAUGUGCACGACCUCUGACACACACUGGCGAGCAACGGCAAACACACUUGCUGACCUGUUCUGCACAUACACAGGGUUACUGGGAACCAUACUGCAAACAUUGCCAUGCCUCUCCUCCCUUCUCUUCCACUCUUCACCGCUCCUCCCCUCUGCAUACCUCUGGAGCUGCACAGGACUUCUCUGCUCCUUCUGAAUUUUUUGUUUGUGCAAGUCACACUGAGGAACACCAACGCUCUCCAUCUGAGCCACUGAGCCGUGCACACUGAUCAGAUUUCAGCAUCGAUAGCCAUAGGAUACAAUGUAUGGAACAAAUUUUUACCGUAUCUAAUUUUUGGAUGGAUUAAUCUCAUUGUAAAGAUGACCACUGCCUCCUCCUCAAUUACUUGUGAUCUUUUGGCUUCAAGCCCAGAAUACGUUGGCCAACAGAGGUGCUCACUGAUUAAUUUUUCUGGAUAUCUCGGGCUCCUCUAUGGCCAUUACAUGCUCUAUUAAGAUAUUAUAAAAUACAACAUUGUGCUUACAUCUAAAAAUCAAUAGUGGCAAUAAGUGAUAUACACUGAUAUAUAUGUAUCCUGCAAACGAAAUGGUUCCAUUUAAGUCAAACCAGACGAUAAUGGAAGGUGAAGCAGAGGAGAGGGAAGGUUCUGAUCUUCCAGUGAAGAGAAAACCUAAGGACGACGAAGAAGAGAGUGAGCAGGAGAUGGAGGGCAGAGAUGUGCAGAUCCCUCUGCAUCGCUGGGUGAUGCACGGGGCAGUGAUGUUUGGACGUGAGUUCUGCUACGCCAUGGAAACAGCCCUGGUGACGCCCGUGCUGCUGCAGAUAGGCCUUCCUGAGCAAUAUUACAGUUUAACCUGGUUCCUCAGUCCUAUACUCGGUCUCCUCUUCACACCCUUGAUCGGCUCAGCCAGUGACCGAUGCACUCUGCGAUGGGGCAGAAGACGACCAUUCAUUCUGGCCUUGUGUGUGGGUGUGCUGCUGGGAGUGGCACUGUUUUUAAAUGGCUCAUUGCUAGGCCUUUCCCUUGGCGACAGCCUCAACAACCAGCCAAUUGGCAUCGUCCUUACUGUAUUAGGUGUGGUUGUGCUGGACUUCAGUGCUGAUGCCUCUGAAGGACCAAUCAGAGCUUACCUUCUGGAUGUUGCUGACACUGAGGAGCAAGAUAUGGCCCUGAAUAUUCAUGCCUUCUCUGCUGGGCUCGGUGGAGCAGUGGGCUACAUGUUGGGUGGCCUGGACUGGACUGGCACAGCUCUGGGCCAAGCAUUUAAGUCACAGGAACAGGUUCUUUUCCUGUUUGCGGGCAUCAUCUUCAUUAUCUCAGUCAUACUGCAUAUGCUCAGUAUCCCUGAGCGACCUUUCUCUCCAUCUAACCUGCUUAAAGUCACAGGAAGUGGGGAGUCUACCAGCCAGUUGUCUUUUAGGCCUGUCGGCCACGCACCUUUACUUGAUGUGAUUGCAGAGGAGGAUGCUUCUGCUCAAGCCACAUCCCAGGAGAAUAACGAAUCAGACCCAGAAGAAAGCGAAAUGGAUUUCCUUACUGUGGAGAGAGUGCGAAGUAAAAGCGACUCAAUCUUAGCCAUGGCAGUGUCUACGAUCGAGCUGGAUCCUGACCUUCACCCAGAUGCACAGCUUUUCCUUCCAGAGAUGCAUCACUUUAUAUCAGAGCGCCAGGGAGAGCUAGAAUAUGCUUUCAAGCCAUCAGACCACAGAAUAUGGUCGUCGUCUCCGCCUGGUGGAUCAUCCGCCCUGACUGAUGCGAUGAUCUUAGAGCCAAAAUACCCUGAGCAAAAGGAUCCAACAAACUGUCCUUGUUCUCUCCUUCAGAGCAGUUCUGGCCAUGAGGGCUUACAUCAGAGACAGCAGGUCAAGGCUGCCAAUGGUAUCAAUACUUGCAUAUCCUCUCCUGAUCACACCAAUACAGAGAAAGGCCAUGCCUCCAGUAAGCUCGGGACCCGCCUCCUGAGCACAUCAGUUUCAUCGAGGCCACACCGACACACCUUUUACAGACAACCUUCCUUUACUUUCUCCUACUACGGACGAGUAGGAUCGCAGCGCUAUCGACUUCGACGGACGACACCUUCGAGCCCUCGGCAAAUCACCACUACGCGGAGUCUGAAUGACCUGAGUGAUCUCCAGGGGCACACAGACCGCAGAUUGUUGCAGCUGUCAGCCAGCAGUCUGUCGUCUGAGGGCUCAAGCAGUGAGGGAGAACCAGACAGGGGGACAACUGUUCGACUGCUGUGGUUGUCCAUGUUGAAGAUGCCAAGGCAGCUGUGGACAUUGUGCAUAUGUCACCUCCUCACAUGGUUCUCCUAUAUAGCUGAAGCUGUGUUUUAUACUGAUUUCAUGGGACAAGUCAUCUUCCACGGAGACCCCACGGCACCAGCCAAUUCCACGGAGCUACAGAAUUAUCACAGAGGAGUACAGAUGGGCUGCUGGGGACUGGUGGUCUACGCUGCUACUGCUGCUGUCUGCUCUGCCAUCCUUCAGAAGUACCUGGAUAAUUUUGAUCUGAGCAUCAAGGUCAUAUACAUCGUUGGAACUCUGGGAUUUUCAAUAGGAACUGCAAUAAUGGCGAUCUUCCCUAAUGUCUAUGUUGCCAUGGUGAUGAUCAGCGGCAUGGGCAUCAUCUCCAUGAGUAUCUCCUACUGUCCCUAUGCAUUACUUGGGCAGUAUCAUGAAAUCAAAGAGUACAUUCACCACAGUCCAGCAAACACUCGAAGAGGUUUUGGUAUCGACUGCGCCAUCUUAUCGUGCCAGGUCUAUAUCAGCCAGAUUUUGGUUGCAUCGGCCCUCGGAGCUGUGGUGGAGGCAGUUGGCAGCGUGCGUGUCAUUCCUAUAGUGGCCUCUGGGGGCUCCUUCCUUGGCUUCCUUACGGCCUGUUUCCUUGUCAUUUAUCCCGAUAUGGAGCCCAGCAGCUCGCCGCCGGACAAGGGUGUGGCGGAUUUUUCUGUAGAAUCAAAACACAAUGGAGAAAGGACCAGUGACCAGAGACUGGCUCUGCUGAACCUCACAGACCAAGACGAUUUGCAGAAGACAGAGAAUUACUCUGUUGCCUAAGUAUGAACAAGGAGACCCUGAUCAAGGUUUAUCCUCGUCAGGUACAAGCCACAGCAUGUGAGGAUUAUACCAAAUUCAUCUAAUUUACAUUUUUGAUGGCCUGUGCUUUUCUGGAGGAGGAAAGAGUAGAGGACUGACGGGAAGAACAAGCUCAGUUUUGUGCUGCUCUGCUUGUUUUGAUGCUACCUCAACCUUAAAACAAAUCAAUGUUUGGAUGGAUGAUGAUUAAUUGUUUAAACACAAGAGAGUCACAAGACUGUGGUUCUAUGAUGCUAUACAGAGACAGCUGGACUUGUUGUUUCACUUCUCAUCUGAGAGGCUUCUGUAACUUAACUUAACUGCUCGUUAAAUGCCCUUUUCUGACCGGGCAUUGACAUUUGUCCUGGUUGAUCCGAUCAUGCAUGACCACAUUCUUACAACAGUGUCAACAUGUGUCCUGUGCCACGUUUAAGAACUGCUUACUCAACUGACAUCCACUGGCCCCGGACAGCUUCAUAAUGAACCCAAAAAUAUUUUACACUUGUCAGUAUUUCGCAGGAUUUGAUUUAUUUGAAGAAGUCUGCAGUUUGAUUAUUAUAAAAAAAUGCUGACUCUUCACAGACAUGUGACCUGUGAUUUAGUUUGACUGUUGAAAUUAACUUACCUCAGACUACUGAAGUAAACUCUUUCUUUUGUUGCGAAAACAUAAAUGGGAAGCACAGAGCACUUUCUGUCUCACUACUGAACAGUGCGUUCACACUGAUCUUACAGAAUGAUGUAAAGUUUGACACUUCAUAAGGGCUGCUCUAUAACUGCUUAAUAGACAAUCAUAACACUGUAGAAAUGUUAGUCUGUGUAACUCUGCUCUACUUCUCGACUGAAUUCAGAUGUAAAUAUUUGUUCCAAUCUGUUGUUUUAUAACUGCCACACAGUUUCCAAAGGUCAGGUUUCUACAGUUUCUACAUUUUUUUAAAAUUUCAUUUAUUAUUCACAUUUAUGACUUAAGAACCUGUUAGUGUGCAGUUAAAAGUGCUCUUUUCUUAUAUUUAUUCGUUUCUUGCCUUAAUAGAAACACAUAACAUCUGAAUGCAAUCUCUUCUUAUGAUACACAAGCCCCAGUGCAUCAUGCUGUAGUGAGCAGAUGAACCUGCAGUUGGUUGAUGGUAGAUUUUGCUUUGCAAUCAUUCUGAAUUCCCUCUGUAGUUGGUAGCUUAUUUAUCAUGGCCUCUCAAAUGUGAUUUCAAGUGGUUUGGGUUUUUAGUGGAAUUGUGUUGGGGGGGGUUGUUUUGCUCUGUUGACUGAAUUUGAAUUAUAUUUUUAAAUAUAAAUUCCAUUCCACAGUUGAAAUGGGGAACUAGUUAAAGACGAGCCUUGGCUAAUCAUGAAACCUCUGUCAUAUACAGACUUAAACAGGAAACUGUUUUCAUCAGUAAAGGGACUUUGUACUUUGUGCUUUGUUCAGGAUGCCUUGCUUUGUGUAGUGUGCCUUUGUGAUCAUUUAACAGCUAUGAAACUUUCGUGCUGUAGGGAGAUUAACUCAGACUCCCAUGCUGCCACAGAGUCUGCUGAGUACUGUUCUGUGUUUAGUCUCUAUCUCCAACACUUGAACACAUAUUCAGCUUCACAAAUCGAAUAAGCUCCAGACAUCGGGGUAGACUCUACUCUGUGAAUGCUUUUCUUCAGUAAAACCUUAUCACUGUUGAGAGUUGGGGUAAAUGCCCAGAGCCUUAAAAUCACUGAUGAGAGCAUUAUUUGUUUAAUUUUGGAGGAUUUAUGUCACAUGGUCUGUAAAAAUGCUGCAUAUUGAAUGUUAGACAGGACAGCUUCUAUGCAAGGCCAGCGUCUGAUCUACAGGAUGCAAACUUGAAAAUCCCUUAGCUGCUUGUUUUGACCUGAUUAACAUGGAAGACAAGCACAGGACCUUCUGUUCACCACCUUUAAAAAUGAUUGUUCAAAUUACAGGACACAGUGAAGAUAUUACACAGAUUUUUAGAUUUCAAGAUGUUUAUAGUCACUGAGCUCUAUAGUGACGUUUUUACUGUAUUUGUCAGUAUUUGGACAAUGCUCUCUAUUUAUGGGGACCUUGUUUACUUCUAACUAUGCCAGUGCUUUGCCUGUCAUGACAGAAACAUAUCUUUUAUGGUGUGUUCACUGUCAUUUAGUAUUUAAGGCCUCAAGAUUUACACAACCUGAUUUACAAAGGGAACAUCCUCAUUCUGUGGAUUUCUGCGUCUACUGACAAGUGCUGAGAUAAUUGGUCCGAGAUAAGAUAUUAAAUCACUAAUUUCUAACUGUAAAUAAUGCAGAGACUCUGUGAGUGUAUGAGCCAUUGUGUUCUCAUAGGGAAUUGUUCAGAGGAUGUUUUUGACUAAGAGGGUUCACAGUUUUGUCAGUGUUAGGUAUUCAAUUUUGUAAUCUUUAUGUUUUUCUACCGAUAAGGCACGACAACAGGAAGUAUCCAGCCUGGAAUCUGAUGUUAAAACGUUCUUUUCACUUUGUUCGUCAGUAAAUUGAAGGAGAGAGUUUUCUUUACAGCUUCUGUAUCUACUACAAUAACACUGUUUUUCAUACGAAACUACUGAAUGAGAAAAAUAAUUAUUUGUGACCUGAUUUUAUACAAAUGUUAAGACGUUUGGGAUGAUGGUCUAUGUCACUGGUGUGGUUUCUUUUGCUUCUUCUUGCUGCUGUACAGAAUUUUGUAGAACAAAAUCUUGGUAUUUUUAUACCAAUUAUUUGAAAAAAAGAGACUAUGAUUACACG